CCAAAAACACUAUUUCACGAUUCCGCUUUCCCUGUGGUACAGACGUGGUUCACUGAUACACAAAAUAAUAUAGUAGGCAAACGUGAGUGCUCACGCUAUUUUAUAUCUGGAUCGGAUGAACAGAUAGCGUAAGUGCGUGCGGUGCGUGUGGGUUGGUCGGGUUGAGUUGGGUUUGUGUAAGGAACUGAGGAACAUUUGGGGCGUGUCUUCCGCUGACCGUGAAGUAGUGUUUCUAGAAAAAGAAAUCAGUGGACUUCCGAAGCUCAUUUUUUACUAUUCCUGAAAAUAUGUGGAAAGCUGCUGUGGGCACCAAAGUGGAAGUAUCAAAUGGCAAUGACGAUGACUGGGAAACAGAUCCAGAUUUUGUGAAUGAUGUGACAGAACAGGAGCAGAGAUGGGGUUCUCGUACUGUGGAAGGAUCUGGCCGAACCGCUGGAGCAAUCGAUAUGAAAAAACUUCGAGAAGAAACCACAAAUGCAGAUGCAAUUUUAAAACAAAAACUUCUUGAAACUGGCCCUAAUCCUUCUUAUGGUUAUGGAGGAAAAUUUGGUGUACAAACAGACAGAGCUGUUUUUUGUGAUUUUAUUACAACAGAAAUAAUGAAUUUAAAAACUUGCAUCGAAGAUCAGGAACACAGAGGAAAGUACACUGGGACUGAGACAAUGAUGCUGUUGAAGGACUACAGUACAGGAUUUGGUGGAAAAUUUGGUGUGCAGUCUGACAGAGUGGACAAGAGUGCUGAAGGGUGGGAAUACAAAGAAAAGAUUGAAAAACAUGCUUCACAAAAAGAUUAUGCUACUGGGUUUGGAGGCAAAUUUGGAGUUCAAAAGGAUCGGCAAGACAAAUCAGCUGUUGGAUGGGAUCAUGUGGAAAAGGUGGAAAAACAUGAGUCCCAGAAAGAUUAUGCAAAAGGUUUUGGAGGCAAGUUUGGGGUGCAGACAGACAGACAAGACAAAUCUGCUGUGGGCUGGGACCAUGUAGAAAAAAUUGAGAAGCACGCCAGCCAGAAAGAUUAUGCAGUUGGAUUUGGAGGAAAAUUUGGUGUGCAAGAAGAUAGACAAGAUAAAUCUGCUGUUGGUUGGGAUCAUCAUGAACGACUUCAUCAGCAUGAAAGUCAGACUGAUCAAAAACAGGUUGGUUUUGGUGGAAAAUUUGGAAUCCAAAGUGAUAGAGUUGAUAAAUCUGCUCAUGACUUUAGUGAACAAUCUGAAAAAGUUGGCACAAAUUAUGAGAAACCAAAACCAGACAUAGGAAGUGUUAAGCCAUCCAACCUUCGUGCAAAGUUUGAGAAUCUUGCAAAACAGGGUGAGGAAGAAGCUAAAAAAAGAGCUGAGGAAGAGAGAGAAAGAAGGCGUCGACAGGAACAAAUUGAAGCUGAAGAGGCAAGGAAGCAGGAACUACGUCGUCUCCAACAACUCCAACAACAAGAACAACCACAACAAGAUGAAGAAUCCAUACCUGAAGUUCCAGUUGUACCAGAGACAAAUACUGCGUUACAACCUCAACCUGCUGCUCGGAUCUCUGUGCACUUGGAGACAGAAGAAAUGGAAGAAAUAGAGCAAGCUGCAACAAAUCUACUUGCCCAGUCACCAACCACAGCUGAAACUCAACUAAUUCACACUCAAGCAACUCCAGCUCCUUCGUCGAUAUCUGUCCCUGCAUCAGCCCCAUCAGUGCAGCAGUCUCAGGAACCAGAAUUGGAAGUUGAUAGAGAACCAUCUGCUGCUGAGCUAGAAGUGUACAGAGAGCUGGAACAGCAGGCUGCAGCUGAUCUUGAAGAAGAUGAUACAGGUUACACUGCAGUAGCUCUCUACGAUUAUCAAGCAGCCGCUGAAGAUGAAAUAUCUUUUGAUCCUGAUGAUGUCAUCACAAAUGUAGAAAUGGUAAGUGGAUGCUGAAAUGUUUCCGAUUACAUCUCCGAGCUUGUCAAUCAUUGCCUCCUCCAUCACCUCCAGUAUUGGGUAGUUAGCAUAAAUGAUAAGUAAAAAUUUUCUUCACAGAAUAUAGUCUGUGCAUUAUCUGUGUCUUACACUAAUUUGUUAUACUAAUAGCCAAAUGAUUAAUUUUGAAAUCACUUAUUGCUAUUAAUCAUCUUCCUUUCUCCAUAUCUUUUUUAUGCUAGUUAAUGUUCACUUUAAAUGAAGUCUCCUCAAGGUUGAUAGUUGGAAAGAGAAGGAUCACUGUCAUCCAAACUGAAGUUUCAGUAUGAAAAAUUUCAGUUGUAGAAAACUCCUGAUUGGAAGACUGUGUCCCCCUUCCCUUCUAGCUCAUGCUCUUGAAGAGACACUGCAAUUAAAUGGAGAAUAUAG